AUGUCCUCCUCGCCACCGCCCGAAGAAAAAAAGCAAAGCCGCAAGGACCAGAUCCUUGCACAAGCCACAGAGAAGCUCGAAAAGGCACAACAAGAAGCCGAAGCCGCCAACGAGGCCCGCCAGCGCAGCGAUGCCGUCGAAGACGCCGACGAGAAGAACAAGAUACUAGCUGAGGCGUCUGAGCACGACCACAAAGCCAAGGCGCUGUCGCGGGACGCGCAAAGACUGCAGAGCGGCAUCUGGCAGGGUGGCUUGGGUGGCGCAGGCAUCGGUGCCACAGUGGGCGUUGGGCUGGGUGCCGGUGUGGGAACCGUCGUGACUGGGGUCGUUGGCGGCGUCGCGGCCAUUCCAACGACGGCAGUCGGGCUCUUGGUCGGCGUCGGCGCUGGUGCGAUACAUGGGCCGUGGUACAAACUAGGAGGAGAUAAGAAAGAAGAGGCUGAGAAGGGACAGCCGCAGGCCGCCGGGGGAGACAAGGAUCACGAGUAG